AUGGCAGGAAGGGACCACCUGGACCCAGGCCCUGCAGUGGGGAACACCAGUGCGGAGCCCCCCGGCAACCUGUCCCCCCGUGAGCAGGGCUGUGCCUGGAGCCCGCAGGCGGAGGGCGGCGAGGAGCCCCUGCAGCUGCCCACCUUCUCCCCCGCUGCCCAGGCCCGCGUGGCUGUCACCUUGGUCCUCUUCGCCCUCUCUGCCAGCUGCAACCUGGCAGUGUUGCGGGCGGCGGGGGGCCGGCGGGGCAGCCGGCGCUCCCACAUCCACCUGCUGCUGUUGCACCUGGCUGUCGCUGACCUGCUGGUGACGGUGGCAGUGAUGCCGCUGGAUGCCAUCUGGAACAUCACACUGCAGUGGCGGGCAGGUGACCUGGCCUGCCGCCUCCUCAUGUACCUCCGGCUGCUGGCCAUGUACGCCUCCGCCUUCAUCACCGUCGUCAUCAGCCUGGACCGGCAGGCUGCCAUCCUGCACCCACUGGCCAUUGCCCGCGCCCGGAGGAGGAACCGCAUCAUGCUUUAUGUCGCUUGGCUCCUCAGCGCGGGGCUCUCGGUGCCACAGCUGUUCCUCUUCCACACGGUCACCCUCCGCCCUCCCCACAACUUCACCCAGUGCACCACGCGGGGCAGCUUCCCCCAGCCCUGGCAUGAGACCCUCUACAACAUGCUCGGCUUCACCUGCCUCUUCCUGCUGCCGCUGCUCAUCAUGGUCUGCUGCUACACACGCAUCCUCCUGGAGAUCUCCCGGCGCAUGGGCUCCAGCCUCUUCUCCUCCCGGGACAUGUCACUGCACUGCUCCAGGAACAACAUCCCGCGGGCACGGCUGCGCAUGCUGAAGAUGAGCCUGGUCAUCGUCUCCUCCUUCAUCCUCUGCUGGACCCCCUACUACCUGCUGGGGCUGUGGUACUGGUUCUGCCCACGGGCCAUGGAGAAAAGGGUCUCGCCAGCCCUCACCCACAUCCUCUUCAUCUUUGGUCUCUUCAACGCAUGCCUGGACCCCAUCACCUACGGGCUCUUCACCAUCCCUUUCCAGAGGGGCUGGGGCUGCCCCUGCGGGCAUGGCCCUGAGCCCCAGCCGUCCUCCCCGGCCACGGGCUCCUUCCACUGCUCGGCCUCCUCCCUGCCACCCAAGCGGGGCAUCCCGGGCACACGGGGGUGGCAGGUGCCUCCUGGCACCACCGGCUCCUGCCAGAGCAGCUCCCUGUGA